ACUGGGCCAUGAUUUUCAGCCAUCCUUGCUCCUUGCAUAUUUGUUAUCUAAUGUUGCUCUCUCCCAGGAGCAGCGACACAGUUCAAUACUGAACUUCUAAUUGUUUCGUAUGCCCAUCUUCGGAGCUCUGCAACGAAUCCAAAAUGGCGACAAGAUAUUGGGUGGUCUCUCUUCCCGUUCAAAACUCUCAUUCCGAUUCUCUUCUAUGGAGUCACUUGCAAGAAUCCAUCUCUAAGCAUUCCUUCGACACUCCUCUCUAUAGGUUCAGUAUCCCAGAUCUCCGAGUUGGAACGCUAGAUUCUCUUCUCUCUCAGAGCGAUGAUCUUCACAAGUCGAAUAGCUUCAUCGAAGCAGUGUCUCACAAGAUUCGACGUCAGAUCGAGGAAUUCGAGAGGGUUUCGGGCGUGGUCAGUAGUUCAUUGACAGUCGAUGGUGUUCCUGUUGAUUCAUACCUGACUAGGUUUGUGUGGGAUGAGGCGAAGUACCCGACAAUGUCACCACUCAGGGAGAUAGUAGAUGGCAUUCAUGUACAAGUUGCAAAGAUCGAGGAUGAUCUCAAGGUUCGUGUUGCUGAGUACAACAAUGUGCGCAGUCAACUCAAUGCCAUUAACAGAAAGCAGAGUGGAAGCUUAGCUGUUCGUGAUCUGUCUAAUUUAGUAAAGCCACAGGACAUUAUCAUGUCAGAGCAUUUAACAACCCUCCUUGCUAUUGUUGCUAAGUACUCGCAGAAGGAUUGGCUGUCAAGCUACGAGACUCUCACCACUUAUGUGGUUCCCAGAUCCUCCAAGAAGCUGUACGAGGACAAUGAAUAUGCUCUUUAUACUGUGACACUUUUCAGUCGCGAUGCCGACAAUUUUAGGACUAAGGCACGUGAAAGAGGUUUUCAAGUUCGUGAUUUCGAAUAUAGUCCAGAAACACAAGAAAGUCGGAAGCAGGAGAUAGAGAAACUAAUGCAAGACCAAGAUACACUUAGAAGCUCUCUUUUGCAAUGGUGCUAUGCCAGUUACGGAGAGAUUGUUCAGUAUUUCUUGGGUGAUGCCCCGGUCCACAAGGGGCAUGACUGAAGCGUGGGGGAUGUCAUGUGGGGGGUCAUGCUCGUGAGUGUUGGUGGACCAUUCCACAUCGUGUUUGGUGGUGCAUAUGGAGAGAGAGGAACAACAGAUGCUUUGAAGGACUGGAAGUGUCUACGACAACUUUGAAACUUCAUAUUAUUCGAUCCAUUUGUAGUUGGGUGAAGGGGAGACAUUGUUCUUCUUCUAAGAUAACCUGUUAGAAUUAAUGUGUAAAAAGGCAGAAAUCAAAAUAUAAUAAUAGAUGUGGAUGUGUUAGAUCUUCAACCAUAGCCAACGAAGGAAAAGGAAACAUAGUCUGAUCUCUUCCUUAUGUGGAUGUGACAAUGAUUCUUGUAAAGUGAAACUCUAGAAUCCAUGGUUGUUAAAAUCCCGAUCCGGAUUGUAGAAUCUUUAAUUUUUUUUAUUUUAUAAGUAUGCAGUAGAAAGCAUUCAAAAGUGGAACGCAUCCCAAAAGCUACAAAUAGGCCACAAGGGACCCUAGGUUCCGAGGGAGCCCAAGAAACCAACAAACUCCUCUAUAGAUGUACGAUAUUUACCCAUAACCCAACAAAAAAGAGAGCUAAAGAUCAAAGAUUUUAAAGCACCAAUUGAAGAUUCCUCUCCAUCGAAGGAUAUUCUGUACACCACCGAAGACACAAGGGCGCUACCCUCCGAAUAUCAUGGGCGUGGGAUCCCACAAAGCACCCUAUCCAAACAUCCAUCAAACCUUUCUUGGUUCGGGGCAUGACCCAUUGGAUACACAAAGUCAAAUACAAAUAUGACAACAACUUGUUGCCGAAGUAUAGCAGCCUUAACAUUCUGUUAAAAGAGUGAUUUAAAUCACUCCUGUAAUUAUUCUCCAACAAGUUUCCAUUCCUCUUGCACAUGCAGCACCAGUUGACAGUCAUCUGUCUUCUCCUCCUCAGAUUAUCCAAAUGUCAAGAUCUUGCCCCAAACCACUAUCCAAGCAAAGAGAACGACCAUGGGCGGAGCCUUGGAAUGCCACACCGCCUUCCACGGGAAGGCAAGCCUAGAAGAAUCCGAGAGGCAUUUGAAUAAGGAACUCACAUCAAACCUCCCCUGAGAAGAAGACACCCAAGCUAGAGAGUCUGGGCCUCCACUACCUCAUUUAUUAGAGAAGCUCCAAAAAACUAAACACCUCAUCGAUCUCCCAUUCCUGAAAAUGUUUCGAGACAUGCAGAUUCCAAGUUAACCUCCCGCUAUCAAGCCGAUAGUAGUUUAUAACCAAGGCAUGCCUAUCAACAGCAAUCUUGGGAAGUCGGGGGAAAGGAACAAGCUAAGGGGUGCUUUCCACACCAAAGAUCCUCCCAAAAACGAAUGCCCCUUCCAUCCCGAACUCGGAAUUUGAUAUGUUUGGAAAAUCAUUCCAACCCUUCCGAAUGCAUUUCCAAACGCCGACACCUUCUCAUAUCCUAACCGCUAGGGAACACCAACCCCUUCUCUCCUCUUGAAAGCGGCAUGAGAUAACCCUCCUCCGAAGUCUCCGGUGCUCAACACCAAAUCUCCACAACCACUUGCCCAAAAGAGCCCUAUUAAAGGGCAACAACCUCCUAAUCCUACGAUCCCAAAUUACCAAAUCGAUUCCAAUCACAUGAAAUUGCUAGGAAGCAAAAUCACAGUAGGAUCACUAGAAUUGAAAGUAGGAUCGUAGAAUUGUAUAGGAUUGCAUGAUCGUACCGAUAAUCGUGUUGUUUUGUUCUUCUUGUGGAUUUAUUGCCUACAACCCAUUUUGGGCAAAUAAAUUUAAUCAUUUUAAAUAUAAUGCCCAACUCUUUAGUCUAGUUGUAUUAUAAAUAAAAAAAGCAAAAAUCAGGUACCCAACUCGAAUGUAGAGACUAUCCAACUCUGAAUUUCAAAGGUAUGACUCAAAAUUUAACAAAUUUCCUCUAUUUUGCUUCAUUGUUCUUAAUUUCUCUUUUCUUCUUUCUUUUUGAGAACAAGAAACAAAAAGAAUUCUAUUUUUUUCGCUAUUCUCUAUCCAUCCUGAAACAAAAAUAAAGAGACUUCAUUUUUUUCUUCUUCUUUUCCAAAAUGGACUUUCAUUAAGAAAAAAAAAAUCAAUAUAGUACAGGGAAAAUAGUGAAGGCAUACCCUCACUUUACAAGACUGAUAGGGAGUUACUCCAUUUGCAGUAGCUGCAAAACAAUAAGACCAAAAAAGGUUCUCAAAUGAGAACAGCUACAAUCCAUGCCAAUCAUUAAUUGAAAGCCCAGCAAUAUCAAAGGAAUUCCAAAUGGCCAGACAUGCCACAGAAGAAGGAAAAAAUAUGUUCCUGGAUGAAGUCAAUGAAGUUGGAAAAAAUUGAAAAUAUGUUUAGAUUUUAAAUAUUUCAAAUGACAUAUUCAGGAAAUCGAUAAUGCGAAAUUUGCAAUACAAUGCAUCUCUUUAAAUAGAAAAGAAAAAGAGACUUUUACUAUUUGAUGAAUAGCAAAAAACGAAGCUUGGAUUAUUAUUGUAAGUUUGUUUUAAAUAUUACAGUUUCUAUUUUAUUUAAAUCAAUGCAUUGUAUUAAGUUUGGCAUUGAUUAUUUGGGAAAAUCAGAAGACUGAACAUUGGAUGUUACUGUUCAUGAAUAGUGUUCAGAUAAGAUCGAAUCUGCUUUUUGCACUUAAUUGCCCAAAAAAGGGUAAAGGAACAUCUAAGAUGAUCAAAAAGAUCGAAUCCAAAGAUCUUCGUAUCAUCUAUGGUGAAGAGAUUUCUGAUUCAGAUAAUAUUCUUUAUGAAACUUCUAGUGAAUUAGAAUCAGAUUUUAGUGAUGAAGAAAUUUUUAUGUUAAAUUUCACUUUUUUUUUAGUUCGAAUCAAAAAAGAUGAUAAUCUUGGAUUUUGAAUUAGUUACAUUUAUCGGCUUAUAAAUGAAAAAUGUUUAGAAGCCAAAGCCAAAAAACAGGUUAAGAAUCAAAUCAGUAACACACCUUAUGGUCAAAGGUGUUGUGAGGAUCAUCUAUGGAAGCAAAAUAGUUUGGCCAAUUUUAUAGCCAGAAGUUCUUUUUCAUAAAUAAUAUAAUUGUGUUCAUUUGGUUUAAACUUUCUUGCUUAUAUUUUUGCUGAGUUCAAUUUUUUGUGCACGUGGUUUUUUAAGUUGAUUCCUAAUAAUAGUUUAGAUUUGUGCCAAAACUUUGAGUGAAACUUUUUAGAUUUUUGAGUUUAUUGAGCUUGAAAAUAUUAAAAAUUUUGGGUUUAGUUUCAAAUUAAAAUUUAUGUAAAUUUUUACUUAAUUUGACGAAUUAAGUAAAUAAUGGCAUGGUUUAGGUUUUAAUUAUAUAUAUAUAUUUUAAAAAGAAAUGACAAAAACCCUAAAAGAUUUUAUAUUGUAGGUGUUUAAUUUUUAGCGUUUAUUUUAUUUUGGAGAGAAUUAGUAGACAUAUAACACCCAGCAAUCUAAUGAAGAAUGAUUGAUGAAUGCAAAAAUAAAAUAUACAUAUGCAUUCUAGCCUUUCAGUAAACCUAGAAUCUCUCUAAUAUGCAGGUCUAUAGGUUUUGAAAUGAUGAGCUAUAGAUAGGCAAAAAUGAAUAGUAGAGAGAGUGAUGUUUCAGUGUAUUUAUCCCAAAGGAAAACUGCUUUUUUUUUUAAUUUCUUUGGAGCAACAUGAAUCCAGGACCCUUGGUUGAUUGAAGUUCUUGUCAACUAUAUUUAGAAAUUUUCAGAAAAAGAUGCUGCAAAAACACUUUAAUGCAAUUCAAUUAGGAUUUUUCCUAAUCAAAACAUGAAGUAUAAAGAAUGUUUCCAAUCAGUUUAGUAGAUAUAUCAAGAAAUGUUUAGGUAUACAGGUGCGUGUGUAAUGUAUAUAGUUCUUUGGAGCAGUGUGGUUCCCGGCUUACAGUAUCACAAGAGGCCUUUAUGGGUCUAGUCAUGACGCCCCUGUUGGAUGGACGUUCUCAGAUGCAAUGGCUACCAUUUUACGCAGCAACUACUGGUGUACAGUAGUUUCACUAACAAAUGAUAUGUGUGCAAUGACGUGUUAGGGGCACCUGGUGAACAACAUUUAUAAUGAUAACUGUAGACAGCACUGUAAUAAUAGUUAUGAUGAUGAUGAUGAUUCUUGUUCUUCCAACUACACUGCUCUUUGGCUCUCUGUAGGUCCAUAAUUGAGACUCAUUAUUUUCUUGUCCUGCAAGGAUAAGAAAAUUGAGGAUCCUUGUUUCAAGAAUUUGCUUCACUGUAUGUC